CAUCAGGCGCCAGCCACCAGCUACACAUGUAAGAGUGGAUUAAGAUUUACAGAAGAGAAAAGUAGAAGCCCAGAGGCAUAAGCGGAACUUCCCACCUGAGGACUGCGGAGACCAACUAGAUUGGAAUGGAGAACCAAGAAUCCACAGACCCUCCUCAGAACACCAGACAGCACAUUAUUUCAGAGGAGUUGAUUUCAGAAGGAAAAUGGGUCAAAUUUGAAAAAACAACUUACAUGGAUCCUACUGGGAAAACGAGAACUUGGGAAACAGUGAAACUUACAACCAGGAAGGGGAAAUCUGCUGACGCCGUGUCCAUCAUCCCAGUGCUGCAAAGAACUCUUCAUUACGAGUGUAUUGUUCUGGUGAAGCAGUUCCGACCCCCAAUGGGUGGCUACUGCCUGGAGUUUCCAGCAGGGCUCAUCGAUGAUGGUGAGAGCCCAGAAGCAGCCGCUCUCCGGGAGCUAGAGGAAGAGACCGGCUACAAAGGUGAUGUCGCUGAGUGUUCUCCAGCUGUGUGUCUGGAUCCAGGCUUGUCGAACUGUACCACACAUGUUGUCACAGUAACCAUCAAUGGAGAUGAUGCGGAAAAUGUAAGGCCGAAGCCCAAACCAGGGGAUGGAGAAUUUGUGGAAGUGAUUUGUUUCCCAAAGAAUGACCUAAUGAAUAGACUUGACGCUUUGGUUGCAGAAGACCAUAUUACAGUGGAUGCCAAGGUCUACGCCUAUGCUCUGGCACUGAAACACGCCAACUCGAAGCCAUUCGAAGUACCCUUCCUCAAAUUUUAAGGCCAAGGAGGACACUGGCCAUGUUUUGUAAAUGAGACCAUAAGGCCUUCACUAUUCAAUGUAUUCAAUUAAGUUUAAUGUAGAUCGGAAAUCAGCUUUUUCAUAAAAUAAAAGCACAGACUGCAUGUGGUAUGGAAUUAUAAUUACAGAGAGGAUGUAACCUUCAUUUAAACUUGUUAAAUGCUCAUGAAAAAAACAAAUGUAAGUAGGUAUGUUAAAAUUUCUUAACUUCACCUAGUCUAGAAGGUGAGGGUAUUUCUCAGGAAUAGACUUGAGCUCCAAAUUAGGUCAGCUAUUUCCACCCUCAACUCCUAAAAUAAAAAUGAUGUACUUAGGUCUGCAAAUAUUUUGAAACAUAUGAACCUAAUAACUAAAAGGAUUGGGAUUUUGUUGAGACAGGGUCGCUGGCCUGGCACUUGCUUUAUAGAUCAGGCUGCCUUUGAACUCCCAGAGAUCUGCCUGCCUCUGCCUCUCCAAGUGUUGGCAUUAAAGGUGUACACUACCACACCAGGCCAAAGUAAGUUUUAAGAGACUCUGAUAGGGACUUAAUUGGCUUCUCCCAAUUCUAAUUGACUUGCCAUAUGGAAUUUAUUUGGGUAGUAGCUGUAAGAUCAACAAGAGUAACAUUUGUGGGGAAAUAUGUAGAUACUUGUUGUACAUGGCUUGUAAUCCACCUCCUUGGGAGGCUGAGGCAGGAGAUCAUAAAUGUGGCCAGCCUGGGCUGCAUAAUGAAACUAUCUCAAAAAUUUUUUAAAUGUAUUUAAUAUCCUUAUAAGGCCAUUUACUUCCUAAAAACAUACCAAGACUAAUGCUUCAGUAGUGAAGAUAGUUAAUUCUUAAUAUAUUAAGGCUAAGCUAAGGCUGAAAACUCAGGGCCCUUCCCUCAAACGUGCACAUACUUUAAUUUCCUAUCCUCAGAAAAUUGUUUUCUAAAGCUACAUCCAUAGUCUAAAGAUUGGCAUGGACUCCACUUGUGUAUGGAUGUUGACAGUCAUAGGUAUAGGCAGAUAUAUUAGCCAACUAUCUGAAACAAAAAACAUGACACUGGAAAUGCAGCAAUGGUUUCGAGUGCAUGCCAUACCUAACGCUCAUCACCAAGAGUUCUGCCAGUGUUGUGGGAGCACAUCCUUGAUCUGAGGAACUCCGCUCUUGUCUGGUUACUGUAGCUUUCAACAGCUCAGGGAUUGUUGUCUUGCAGUUCACUAGCAGCACUCUCAGCAUGACGAGGUCGGCCAGCUCAGUAUGUCUGCAGCUGGGUCCAGGGUCAAGGCAGACUCGGAACCUUCCAGGAGCAGUUUCCCAUGUACAGUCCAAUGCUAAGUGUUAUCACCGACAGGUAUUUAUGAACAAAACUGUAAGGUCUUUAUAUAAAUCUUCAUAUUGGACUUCUUAAAUAAGGAUAGAAAUAAUUCUGGAACUUUAUAGACCAAGUCUGCUUUCCUAAUGAAUGUGAAAAUUAAGACCCACCCCUUUAUAUCACAGUAGCCUUCCCUGUGAUUCUAACCCUCUUUAAAAAAAAAAAAAUUUUUUUAAUCAUGGCAUUGUAUUUCUCCAGUGAUACUAAUUUUUCCCAUGAGUUCCCCGGGAUCUCUAUUUCUUGGUGUUGCUUCCGUCCUUUGAAAUGAAGACACAGGCUCCACACAGUCACCCUUUCCAUAGAGCGAUUCCAGAGCCGGUGCAAUGGGAAUGGCCUUUGGUAUUAGCGAGGACACAAGAUUUGUCCCAUUCUCCCUGGCCUUUGUCUCUUUCCUCUAGGAGUGCAGCUGAGCAGUGACAGCUCCCUCCUAGACUUGUCCUUAGUACCAUUUGUAUCACUUAUGCACCUCGGAAGUCCUGCCUUGGAGGUGAAGUCAACUCAAGCAAGCUGGCCAUCUGGGUCUUCACUCCUCACACUGUUUAUUUGCCUACAU